GGGGACAGCUCUCUUGGACUGACAAGCCAGAGCUACACUUGGCCGACCCGCUACGUCAAGUCAACCAGCACCGCGUGCCCAAGCGCUCGACUGAAUCGACAACGUCUACCAUCCUCGACAUUAUAAUCGGCAGUAGACAGUUCAGUUGACCUGCUGGAGGUUAAGCUCACGGCAGCAAAAACGAGAAGCGCUUGGUACUGGUGACCUUGAAGUUGAUUCAACCCUCCCUCUCUACUACGCCUCCAGUCGCGUCUGAAACAGCCACCUCCACCGCAGUGCAAGCCAUGACCAGCUUGCACUCACCCCCGGCGCAACUCGCACAAGCCCUCGUCGACUUCUCCGUUCACGGCUCCUUCCCCGAAGACGAGGUCUCGUCCCUACCACUCGAUGCCGAAUCCUUGUCAGCGGCCAUCAAAGCGCUCGCGGACGCCAAGGCAAAGUUGCGGGCAGAGAUUCACGCCAUCAACGAGGAGACGGCCGACGAUGUGCGAGCAUGGCAGGCGAACGCGCAGUCCGUCCAGGACGACAUCCUUCGGUCCAAAGCGCUAGCCGCCGACAUCGUAAAGGCAGCCGAGGCCCCUGUCGUGUCGGGCAGCGCGGUGCAAGAGAUCGAGGCAAGAGCCGACUUCCUCAUCCGCGAGCUCAACUACAAUGCGCAGGUCCACGAGGCGCUCAAAGGCAUCAAGACCGUGAACCGCACACUGGACGAGGUCGAGCAAGCCCGCGACGAACGGCGCAUACUGGAUGCUCUCCACUUGCUUGAGAGGUCUUGGAAAGAGCUGGAUGCCGUCGGAGCGAGCAAAUCCUGCCGCGCCAUCAAGCUGCUCGACAUCAGGGCAUUCGAGCUGAAGUCGGAUGUUCACGAGGUCUUUGACCAUGUGUGGAACGCCCUUAUCAGUGUCGACGUGGAGAAUCACAGGGUCUCAAUCAAUAGUACCCGAGAAGAUGAGCCCAUGAGUCUUGAGGACGCCGUAAUCGGCUUGAAGGCGUACAAGGAGGUCGACCAACGGAUGAGUCGGCUCUGGCAGAACAUCCACCAGGCCAUCCUUCUACCGAGGAUGGAUUUUGCCGCAGAGACAUUACCAGGGAUCCAUACUGAAAACAAUACACUGGAAGCGCGAGGCUCUGCAGACAAAACUGUCCAUUCCUUGUUCGCAGAUCUCGAGCAGGUUUUCUUGUUCCUAGUUCAACGGCUCCCGCCCGACCUUGUUGAGACCAUUUCGUCUACCCUGCUGCCCGAAACAAUCCACAAGAUCACCUCUGUUUGGCUAGACUCAGCCGUGCCAUCCUCUUUGCACGACAUGGACUCUUUCCAGGAGGUUAUCACAGCUGCUAAAGACUUCUGCACCAGGUUAAAGGCCCUUGGGUUCUCAAACCUCGGUGGCUUGCAAGAAUGGACAGAGAGCGCACCCAGGGUCUGGUUUUCGAAAUGCAGAGCAGCAGCGCUAGAUACCGUACGGGCCAAGCUUUCACAAGGCCUCGGCGCAUCGAAGCGGGUGGAGAGGGUUGAAAAGCAGAUGGUCUCCAGGGCUGAAGGCGAACAGCUGGUCGCCAAUGGCGCUACGGUUUCUGUGGACGAUCACAGCUGGGAUGCCUGGGAUGACGAGGAGCAGGGCGGCGCUGAAGAAGCAGCAAACAGCGGUGCGGAUAAAGCACAGGAAGAAGGCGAGGAUGACGGCCUGGAUGCGUGGGGCUGGGGCGAGGACGAGGCCGCACCGGAGGAGCCCAAUGAGAAACCCAAGGACGAGCCCCAGGAGAGCAAAGCGGACGACGAGGAUGACCCUUCGGCAGCUUGGGGCUGGGGGGACGAAGGGGACAACGACGAGGUUGAGGGUCCAGCACAAACCCAGGCGGCGCCGCGGGGAGGACCGCAGACCAGGGAGCUGGUGUUGAAGGAGAUGUACAGCAUCUCAUCCGUGCCGCAACCCGUUCUGGACCUGAUAUUUUCCGUCUUUGAAGACGGUGCCGCCUUAACGCAGGAGACCCACGCCGGCAGCCCUGUUGCCACUCAAGCAGCAGGACUGUUUAGUUUGCCCACGCUUGCCCUAGCCUUGUUCAGGGCUGUCUCACCUUAUCAUUACGCGCCUGAGGUGGGCGGCAACAUGCAAGUUUCCAGCACCAUGCCAGUUGAAUUCCGUCUAACGGGCACAGGUACCUUUACAACGACUCUACCUAUAUGGCAGAACGGCUAUCCGAAUUUGCCGCGGCCUGGAAACAGCGCGAAGACAUCAGUCCGCGAGCACAAAACAUGCUCCGCCUCGAAAACGACAUCAAAUCCCUCCAAAGUUUCGCCAACCGCACCUACACCAACGAGCUCGCCAUUCAAAAAACCGUCCUGCGCGACCUACUAGGCGGAGAGCAGAACCUGCUGCAACAACCCGACACGGCGGCCGCCGUCUCGGCCGCCACCGGACGCGUGCGCGCGCUCGCCACCGCCUGGGAGGCCGUCCUCGCCCGCUCCGUGUGGCAGCAGGCGGUCGGCGCGCUGGUCGACGCCGUCGCUGCCAAGAUGGUCGCCGACGUCAUGGAUCUGCCCGCCAUCGGCCAGGACGAGGCCUACAGCAUCGCCGGCCUGAUCGCGUCGGCCGAGGAGCUGGACGAGCUGUUCUUGCCCAGCCGGUUGGCGAGGCAUGGUGCUGGUGAAGGGGAAGGGGUGGGGAAAGGGGUCCAGGGACAGGAGAAGAAGAAGGGGAAGGAGGAGGUGGAGGCGGAGGAGGUACCGCUCACGGCGCAAUUCGCCGGCAGCUGGCU